UAUUAUUUUUACUGAGGAAACGGAGGUUAGGAUGUGUUGGGAACCGGGGACUGAUUUGUUUCACCUUACUAGGAAGUGAGUGUCGCGUCCGGGAAGAAGAGGAAAGGGGAGGGACUCCAGCGACGCCGACUAGCGUGUGUGGGUCGCUGCUGUGCUUCUCUUCUCCGAGGCUUCGCCUCAGCCAAACGUUUUGUGUUAAAUACUCCACAUAUGGACGGAGACGCUUUGCGUAAGCAAACGAGAGUCGCGCUACGCGGUACCGUUAUGUUUGUGCACGGUUCAAAGCAACAGAAUGGGCUCGUUUGAGCGGGGCUGGGCCUCUGUGUUGUACGCGGGUAGGACGUGCUUUUAGCAGGCUAACGCCACCUCAAGUUGCCCGUGAACUUUGUCACAUUUAGGGGGCAAUGUCCAUCGCGAUGUGGACAAAAAGUGCUCGGAAGGCGUUUUUGUUUUCACUCGUCGGUUCGAGAAGAAAAGGCAACGACUUACUUUCUGGACUUCUUCCGGUUCCGAGGCGCCCCAUCAUCGAUAUGUCCUACUCGGCUCACUUCAUUGAUUUUAAAGGAUCCUCCAUAGCGAGCAGUAUGAAAAAGGUGGUCGUAAACAAGCUGAGCCCAAAUUUUAGAGAGGCCGCCUCGGUGCAAACUGUUCCGGUUCCGACACCCGCAGACGCAGACUUGCUCGUCAGAAAUCGCUUUGUGGGGAUCAACGCCUCUGAUAUUAAUUAUUCAGCAGGCCGUUAUGACCCGACCGUGCAACCUCCCUUCGAUGCCGGAUUUGAGGGUAUCGGUGAGGUUGUCGGCCUCGGUCUCAGCGCCAGCUCCCGCUGCACUGUCGGGGACACAGUGGCCUACUUCAGCAGCGGCGCCUUCGCUGAGUACACCGUGGUUCCCGCCAAGGAAAGUGUGCCUGUCCCUUCGGCAAAGCCCGAGUUCCUCACCCUGCUCGUCAGCGGCGCUACCGCCUACAUUGCCUUGAAGCGUCUAGGGGACCUGGCCAAGGGCGAGACAGUUCUCGUCACUGCGGCUGCGGGAGGAACGGGACAGUUUGCGGUGCAGUUUGCCAAACAGGCCGGCUGUCAUGUGAUCGGGACCUGCUCGUCCAAUGAGAAAGCAGGUUUCCUUAGGUCUAUUGGGUGCGACAGGCCAAUUAACUACAAAGCGGAGGAUUUGGCCAAGACCUUGAAGACAGAGUACCCACAAGGCAUUGACGUGGUUUAUGAAUCAGUUGGGGGCAGCACUUUUGAACUGGCAAUUAACUGUUUGGCUAAAAAAGGCCGACUAAUAGUCAUUGGCUUCAUCUCAGGUUACCAGUCUGCAUCAGGAAUUCCCCAAUUCAGAGGGUCAACUCUACCCGUCAAGCUUCUCCAGAAGUCAGCAAGCAUUCGAGGAUUCUUCCUUCCUCAUUUCAUCAGCGACUACAGGGAGGCUCUGACUCGUAUGAUGCAGAUGUUUGCUAUGGGCAAGCUCACGUGCGAGGUGGAUUAUGGGGAUUUGGCCCAAGAAGGGAGGUUUGUCGGCCUGGAGUCAGUCUUCCGAGCAGUGGACUACAUGUAUGCAGGAAAGAACCUCGGGAAGGUGCUGGUCGAAGUGGCACCUCCCUGUAAUUCAAAUAGUAAACUGUAAAUGUUUUUUGCCAGAAAGAUUCUACUUUUACUUUCAAAUCAUCCACAAUGCAAGUAUGGCCUGUAAUGAGCAAAACUGGCAAUGGCUUUUUUGCCAAAUUAAUAAAUCAGCUAUGCAAAACACCUGUGAUACAUAUGUAUGCAUAAUUUUGUAAUGCCAAAUAAAAAAACUUAUUGCAAUUUGAAGUGUUUGGUCAGUUGCAAGAUAUUACUUUGCACAAUCAGAAUCCAACAUCAGAAAAAAAAAGAAAUUAAUUUGCAUUUAAAAAGCUUGCCUAAACUUCUAUUUCAGGUGCCGCUGCAAAAUGAUCCCAGUGUUUAAUGUUCAGACCCACUUUCACUCAUUUCAGACCAGAUGCCUUCACUCCGCUACCUUUUAGCACUCUCCAGCACUUCAUCCACCAUAAAUGUUUUAUAGACUUCAUUGUUUGUCUUUUAGGGGCUUACGUGGAUAUGUCAAAAGUGAAUACUGCUCCAGGUAUGCCUGAUAUUUUAUUGCCCGUGUAGCUGACAGAAACACAAUCCAAACAAUCAAUCUUUGCCUUCACAUGCCCCAAAGCUGCACGUAAUAACAAAAAAGUGUCAAUUUAACUAGUAGUCAAACUUGAAAUUGCUGUUUUUACUGCAAUAAUACCCCCCCGCAAAAGAAAAAUAUGUUACUGUGCCCUACUUACACUUUGAUAUUUGUCAUUUGUAUCCUUUAUGGCAAUAAAGCAAACAUUCCGGGUGCUAA